AGCCAUCGACUCAUUUCUUUGAGAAAAUUGGUGACAAAGCUUGAAAUUUCUCCUUCUUUUCUUGUUAAAUAACAAGCAUUAGGACUUAGAAACCCUCCAUAAAGCAAGGAAUUUCAGAUCUGCAGUUUCUUUUCCUCCUCUGUCCGCUGGCUGCUAGUGGGUGUGUGAAUUCCUGGGCUUUUUUUUGGAUUCUUGAUUUUUCCCCUGCACUGCCGCCGGCCUUCCCCCAACUGCAGCUCCGAUUUUUGCUGCUAAAUUUUGGUUACUGAUCAUUCUGUCAGUUUAGCACCGAGAUUGAGUCCUCAGUUUAUGCGAGUAAAGUAAGUAAAUUAUGGUAACGCCCUUCGAUUGUAAAGCAUAUUUUAACUUGUUUUUGAAAUGGUGGCGGGACUAAAUCCGUUUUAUACAAAUAUGAGCAUGACUGAUUUGAAAUGAAAUUAUUAUGUUUUCCAUUGAAUUGAGCAUGCCUACUUGAAGUUUAUUUAACUGCCCUGAUGAUCUGGAAAUGAUGUGUAAAGUAUGGUUUUUCUGUUAACUUUUGCCUGUUUUGUCUUCGAUGUAGUCAUGUUAUUAGUGACUCUGCUAGUAGGGGUUUAUAAAUGCUAGCCAAUGUUUUAAAAAUCGAAUUGGAUCGGUCGGUUGAACCGGUCAGACCGGGUUAAAUUGACGGUUUGAACGGUUAAAUCGGUUAAAUCGAUCAAACCGAGAACCGAAGGUCAAAACUAUUUGACCUACGGGUCGGUUUUCAAAACAUUGAUGCUAGCACAUGUCGAUAUGUUAUUGAUAGAACCGGUUCGUUCGAGUGACCCUGCUAGUGGGGGUUAUACACCAGCAAAUAGUGUAGCCUGCCAAUGGGAAGUUUAUAACACUGGCCAUGACCUAUAAAGGAGACGUUUAUUUCGUUCUCGUACUGUAUCUGUUUUUCGUGAUUACACUUGUUGGCAUGCUAUAAGUUUAAAUAAGGGUUAUCCAUAUUUACUUACUGAGUUAUCUCAUAAUUUUUCCUUGUCCACUAUUUUAGGAAGCGAAGUCAAGGAUGGGGAAAAACAAAGGGAGUGACGAGUUAAAAGGCUGGCCAUCUUGUAAAUUGAGCAUAGACUAUAGAUAUAAAUCAUGAUCUUGUAAACUAUACUUUAUUUGGAGAUUUUAUGAUAUUAGAGCAAAUUCUAUAAU